CGGCGGGAUUAACGUGCGGGUAGAAAAGUGGCGCUGCUGCUGUGGCGCUCGGCUCCGGUGGUUGCCUUAGCAAUGGACGGGGAGUCAGAGCCAAACCCUGCCAUCGCAGAAGAGGCAGGGGAGCAGGUGGAGCCCAUGGAUGCCACACCCUCCCACGAGCAACAAACCACACCCCCUUCAGAGGAGGCUGGGGAGGCAGUUUCCAUGGUAACAGAAGAUGAAACCACAAAGGAGGGCGUCGCAGAGGACAAUGAUGAUGAUGUGGUUCUGGUGGAGGAGGAGGAGGAGGAGGAGGAGGAGGAGGAGCAGCAGCAGCAGCAGGAGGAGGAGGAUGCUCCCCAGCCUUCUGCCACAAGCCUUUCCCAAGACACGCCCAGCUCAGACGGCCUCGAGCCAACUGACGAUGUGGCAUCUGUAGACAUGUCCACUGCAGCGAUGCCUUCCAAGACCCCCAGUCCUCCUGCGUCUUCCAACGCAUCCACAGUGGAAUCACUUUCAAAACCUCCAACCACAGCAGCAGAGCCCAUUGUCAUUGAUGAUGAGGAGGACUCUGAACAGAAAGAAACUUCCUCCUCCUCACCAGCGCCUCCUGGAGUCUCCUCCAUAUCCCACUCGCCUGGUGCACUCAGCAGCACCGAGCCAGAUUCAGAGAUCAGGAUCGCCAGUGUCACCACGCUGGGCUCCAGUAACCAGAAAGGAGAGUCUGCACAAAAUUCUCCACCACAUCCAGCAGACGUCCAGGCAGACAUGAACCUGAUGAUAACCUCGGUGACAUCACUGCAGGGAGGAGUGGCAGCUGUCACAGCGGCAGGUGAAGGCCAGGUGGAGGAAAAUGGCCUGCAGAUAAGCAACGCCUUCAGCCUGAAUCCCGACACCCCAUCUGGCCGACCAACAGCCUCCUUCAACCCUGGGCGGGGCUCGGGCCCCAUGGGCCAGCUGGUACAGAAUGGAGACACUGGGACACACAACAGAGCAGAUUCAUGGAUCUCUCAGUCUGCUUCAGUCCCCCGCAACCAAAAACAGACCGGGGUGGACUCUCCGUCACCAGCCACCUCACUACCCAAACCUCCAGGCCAGUCUUCCUCAUCAACUUCAUCCUCAGGCUCCCAGGCACAGCCCAGGACGGUCAAGGUGACCUGUGCUAACUGUAAAAAGCCUCUGAAGAAAGGCCAAACGGCUUACCAACGAAAAGGCUCCACUCACCUGUUCUGCUCCACCACCUGUCUCUCUGCCUUCUCACACAAACCUGCCCCCAAGAAGAGCUGCACUAUGUGCAAAAAGGACAUCACAAAUAUGAAGGGUACCAUCGUGGCCCAGGUUGACUCCAGCGAGUCUUUCCAGGAGUUCUGCAGCACAGGCUGCCUAGGCGCAUACGAGAACAAGCAAAACCCUCCCAAAUCGGGCCUGAAAACCAAAUGUACUGUCUGCGGGCAGCUCACAGAGUGUCGUGCUGUCACCACCACCGCAAAGAACCAGGGCGCAUUGGAUGAAGCCACACCUGCUCAGAUCCGGCACGAGGUUAGCUUUAAGACUGUGACGCACAAGAUCUGCAGCGACGCGUGUUUCAACGUUUACCGCAGGGCCAACGGGUUGAUCAUGAACUGCUGCGAGCAAUGUGGCGACUACCUGCCCACCCGAGCAUCAGCCAACCACUUCCUGCUGGUCGAUGGCCAACAGAAACGAUUCUGCUGUCACACCUGCAUCAGGGAGUUCAAGCAGGCCCACAGCAAACUUGCGAGCUGCGCGAGUUGCAAAACGCUGAUAAAGACGGGCGAGGUGCUCCACAGCCUCGGAGCGACUGGCACCAUGUGCUCCUUCUGCUCCGUCAACUGCAUGAACAAGGGCAAACUGACGUCGACCUCCUUCAUCAAUACAGAACCCUCAUGUCACUUCUGUAAGAGGAAUUCAUUACCGCAGUACCAGGCCACGCUGCCAGAGGGAAACAUCCUCAACUUCUGCAGCUCACAAUGUGUCACCAAGUUCCAGAAUGCUACUCUUCAAACGGCCACAAACGGACAGACGCCACUCUCCACUACAAACAACAACACAGUUCAGCUGAAAUGUAACUACUGUCGAGGAGCGUUCAGUUUGAAACCUGAAAUACUGGACUGGGAGGAUAGAGUCUUCCAGUUUUGUAGUAAGGCGUGUUGUGAGGACUACAAGAAGCUCCAUUGCAUUGUGACGUUUUGCGAGUACUGCCAAGAGGAGAAGACGCUACACGAGACGGUCAACUUUUCUGGGGUCAAGAGACCUUUCUGCAGUGAAGGUUGUAAACUCUUAUACAAGCAGGACUUUAUCAAGCGUUUGGGUCUGAAGUGUGUCAGCUGUAACCACUGCAGCCAGCUUUGUAAGAGAGCUCUGACCCGGCAGUUCGGUGGCAUGACUCGGGACUUCUGCAGCGAGGCGUGUGCCAAGAAGUUCCACGACUGGUACCACAAGGCGGCGCGGUGUGACUGCUGUAAGGUGCAGGGUAACCUGACAGAGUCUGUGAUGUGGAGAUCAGAAAUGAAGCAGUUCUGUGACCAGGAGUGUCUGUUGAAGUUCUACUGCCAACAGAACGAUCCCAUCAUGGUCACACAGAGAGGCCCUGAGAACUCCCUAGGGACUAUAGCGCUAGGGGCCAAACCUGGGCAUGUGAACCAGGGCACUGUAGCGUACGCUGGUGGAGGUGUGAUGAGAGAUGUCAAGAACAAGGCAGUGCUCUGCAAACCGCUUACCUUGACCAAGGCCACCUACUGCAAGCCACACAUGCAGAGCAAACUUCUACAGACAGAUGUAGACGAUGGUGUGAAGAGGGAGUAUGUUCCUGUACCCAUACCUGUGCCUGUCUUCAUCCCCAUGCCCAUGAACAUGUAUUCCCAGAUCACUCCCACUCCAAUCUCUCUGCCUAUUCCGGUUCCUGUGCCUGUGUUCCUGCCUACCACCCUGCAGGGGGCAGAACAGAUCAUCCAAACCAUCCGUGAUCUCAAAGCCAAGUUGGCCUCUGACUCUCUUGAGGCUGAAUUGAUUUCCCUGGCGAAUAUGAUCGCAGAGGAGCAGAAGCCAGCAAAUGAUGAGAGUGAGCAGCCAACUGGCUCGGUUUCUGAUGUGAAGCCGGUAGAAGUAAAGAGGGAGCGUGAAGGGGAGGACGCCUCCGGUAGCAGCUCAGAGAAAGAGGAAGACAAAGAAGCAAAGGAGGAGGAAGAAGAAAAAAAGGAGGAGGAAGAAGAAGAAGAAGAAGAAAAAGAAAAAGAGGAGAUGGAGGAGGAAGAAGAGGAAGAGAAGUAUGAGCCAGACCUGGACCUGGAGGUAGACUUUCCUCAAGCCUCAGACCCUGUUCCAGUCUUCGAAGGAAUGGACGACGACAUGGGAUUCUCUCUACCUCCAGUCUUAGCAGAAGAGAAGGAGGAGUCGGAAGAGUCGGCACCACGACCCCUGCCCAUGAGACUAGGGAACAAGAGGUUUGCGGUGGAGGAGUGCUCAGAUUCAGCCUCGUCCUCUUCUUCCAAUCCAGCGGGCAAACGCUCUGGGGGACGAUCGCUGCCUCUCAAAGCUCGUUAUGGCAUCAACGCCUGGAAGCGCUGGGCACUGUCUCGUUCUCACCAAUCAGAUGACACCAAAGUAAAAGAUGGAUCCAAACCAGCUCGGUCAAAAAGUAACUUGUUGUCGCUGAGUUCGGAGGAGCUGAACGGAGCUCUGUCCCGGUUUGUCAGGGAGGUCUGCCGGACCAAUGGGGAGCGCUACUCUCCAGACAGUAUCCUCUACCUCUGUCUGGGGAUCCAGCAGCACCUCCAAGCCAAAGGCCGGAAGGAUGACCUGUUCAGCGACGUUUGCUACCAGCAGUUUGGAGAGGAUCUGAACAAAGUGCUGAAGGACUGGCAGCCCAGCGUGCUCCCUGAUGGCUCUCUGUGGGGUCGAGUGGAGGAGCAGAGCCUGUGGAGCAGUCGGCAGCUCGGCGAGCAGAGUCCCGCCGCUCUGCUGCGUUCGCUGGUUUACCUGAACACCAAAUACUUCGGCCUGCGCACCGUGGAGCAGCACCUCCGCCUCUCCUUCGCCAACGUCUACGGCCCGGACACUGUCCAUCCUGUCACAAAGGAGACCAACGUCUGCAUCCGCGUGCCUUCCAUCUCUCAGGAUCACCACGAACAAACGGAGUCAAGGAAGAGGAAGCGGAAAUUGGAGGAGGGCGAUCAGGACGACGACUCGGGAGGCUCCUCUGUUCGCUGCCCGGUGAAGAAGCACGAGUGUCGCCUGUACGACCUCUACAGAUCAAAGUGCCCGACGUUGUUGCGGGAGCGUCUAGACAUCUUCUACGUUCAGCCGGAUCCGGCCUGCAGCCCCGACGACCCGCUGUGGUUCUCCUCCACGCCGCUGGAGCGAUGCAUCCUGGAGAGCCUCCUCACCAGAGUCCUCCUGGUCAGGGACAUUUACACAGACAAACAACGACUAGAGGAGGAAGAAGACGAGGAGGAGGAGGAAGACGACAGUGCUCAAGCUGCUGGGGGGGUGUAGCGGUCACUUUGGACUGUUAGUCGAGCCUGAACAGUCAGCAGCAGAGGUGGAGGAGGAGAGAGAGAUUAACUAGUAGCUUGUGUACGUUCCUCCUUGCUGAAUUGCGGAAUUCCUCCGGGUGAGGGAUGUUUGCAGAAGCGGCCCUGAACAGGUAGAGGCUGAGGACAGCGGUGGCGGUGAUCAACUCGUUGUUCUGCUGAUUGAGUUACAAACAGGAUGAGAAACUAAUGAAGCUAGACAACACAAUUAUCUCUCCAGUCAUUAACCAGAGGAGGAACAGGCAGAGAUACCCUGAUGUAAGGAUCUAGUUUGGAGGAGAAAGUGAUGGAGCUGUAAUCUGUUCUGCUCAAACUGAGUUAAAUCAGGUAUAAAACUUGAGUGAUAACAGUUGGCACCAUGAUAU